AUGAAAGCCAUGAAGAAUAUGGGCAUGAAUCGCAUGUUGGGUUCACUGAAGCGAUCCAAAGAUUCCAACGAAGAAACUGGAGAUCCUCAGCACGAUACACCCGAAGCAAAUGCAGCCAGAAAUAUUCGCUUGUUCUGCGAAUCUGGGGGUCCAAAUGGCUCGGGUGAAGAAGUGGGUUAUCUGCCUGCGAUAGUUGAAGCCGCAGAAUCCUCCCCGGGAGCUGCGAAAGAAUGCGCCCACCAUAUUCGAAAGUUCCUCUCCAAAGACAACCACAGCAAAGCCUACGUACAAUACAAUGCGAUAAUGUUAAUUCGAAUUCUGACCGAUAACCCUGGAAUGACCUUUACGAGGAAUAUGGAUGCAAAAUUUGUACAAACGGUCAAGGAGCUUCUGAGAACUGGAAGAGACCCAAGUGUCAAGCAGAUAUUGAUGGAAACUUUGGUCACAUUCACGAGAGACAAGGCAGAUGAUGAAACAUUGGCUCCUCUAAUUGAGAUGUGGAAGAAAGAGCAAGAGAAAAUGGUGAAAGUAGCAGGCCCCGCAGGUCCGCGAACCCUCGUCGCUCCACCCUUUGAUCCCAAUGCGCAGAAUUACUUUGGACGAAAUCACCAUACUCAUCGCCUCCCUCCUCCACAUGAACUCUCAUCCCGUAUCGAAGAGGCACGCACUUCCGCAAAACUCCUCUCCCAAGUUGUACAAUCCACACCUCCUUCCGAACUCCUUGCUAAUGAACUUAUCCGAGAAUUUGCUGAUCGUUGUCAAUCUGCAAGCAGAAGUGUACAAGCGUACAUGGUUUCGGAAAAUCCAGCACCAGACAAUGAUACUAUGGAAACCUUAAUUGAGACCAAUGAACAAUUAAGUAAAGCUAUGAAUCAACAUCAAAGAGCAGUGCUACAUGCGCGAAAACUCAUGGGGCUUGGGAAUGGAGAUAGUACUCCUCCGACUGGAACAAACUCUGGAUUUACACCACCACCUGGUCCGCCACCCAACCAAGUUUCCAAACCUAUUCCAAGUAAUGGUAAGAGAUCAGUGCCACCGAUUCCUCCACCAGGAGAUAUCGCGCCUAUGGAUGACGAAGACGAUGAACGAAACCCUUUCAGUGACCCAGAGCCAAACUCAUCAAGGAGACCACCGUUCCCUUCUGAUGCGCCACCGAAAACGACUGGUCAGUUCAAUGAUACUCUUGGUGUCGAACCAUAUCACCCUGGAUUCAAAGAAACCAAGAGCUAUGUCGGAAGGCAAGAUAGUAGUAUAGGCAAUGUUACAAUGCAUGCUGCAGUCAACGAGGUAUCAGAUGAUGAGGACGACGAGCCAAGAUACUCGGUGGCUCAGGGCAAACAACCUGUUUAUCGAUACUAG